AUGAGACAAGCCUCCUCCGCCUUGGCCUUGGCCAUCUUGGCUGCUGACUUUGCCAGCGGCUCCCCUGUUGCCGCACCUGCUCCUAGAGCUCCUUGUGCUCAGGUUGCUGAUGCUUGGGCUGCGCGCCAGCCUGGAGUCACACCCACUGUUUCUGCCAAGCUUGCCCACGACUGCUUGACUUCGGUCCCUAUUCGUCGUCAGGAUGCCCUGAACCUCCUUGACUCUAUCAGCCCUUACCUCGACUGGCAGAGUGACCCUGACUUCAAGGCCGACCCUCCUGCAGACUACACCUUCCCAGCCCACGACAUCUAUGCCAACCUCAGACGUGUUCGUGAUAACGUAGCCAACAACCGCUACACCAAUGAAUACGACUUCCAGGCUGAUCUCGUCGCCAACGUCUUCAACCCUGGUCAUGAUGGACACAUGGCUCUCUACCCCGACGCCUUGGCUCGUGCCACUCGCUUCGGUCGUCGCAGUGGCCUUGUUUCGCUAUCUAGUGAUGGAACUGCUAUUCCCGAGAUCAAGUUCAAGGCUGAUGUUGCCUCUCAAGGUGACGCUGCUCUGACGGUCACCCAGAUCAACGGCAAGAAUGCCGCCGACUUCCUUCUUGACGAAGUUAGAGCCGGCUCCGGCAGUCAGGAUAUCGAUGCUGGCUACAACGAGGUGUUCUUCCAACUUGCAACCAGCAUUGAGGGCUCCGCUGUUGGCCAGCACGCCUCUGGCGGCCGUGGUAACUUUAUCUACCAGGGCGAGUUCACCAACUACACCAUGAGCGACGGCUCCGUCCGCUCUGAAACCAACAUUGCCAAGAUUGUUGGUGACUUCUCCAACGUCACUGAUGGCGCCAGCUUCUACAGCAAGUUUUGCAACCCUAACUUCCCCAAGCCUGCAGCGGCCGCUAACAAUGGCGUUCUCGUCAACGGCGCUAUUCCUGGAUACCCCCAGCCUGUCAUCGCCUCCCGUGAUGGCACCAUUUCCGGCUACUACCUCAGUGGCGAAGGCUACAAUGACACUGCUGUCCUGACUAUGCUCUCCUUUGAGCCUUCUUCUUUCGAGGAAUUCCAGGACGUCACUGCCAAGUUCCUCUCCCAGGCCACUCAGGACGGCAAGUCCAAGCUUAUCCUCGACGUCCAGGCCAACGGUGGUGGCUAUAUCUUCCUUGGCUACGAUCUUUUCCGCCAGCUCUUCCCCAACACCAUCCAGGAGGCCAACUCGCGCUGGAAGGCUAACAAGGCCUUCCUCGGUGUUGCCAAGGUGUACGGCCCGUACGCCGAGCAGCACCCUGGCACUCUGAACGAGGAGCCUCUCAACUGGCACGCCGACUUGAACAGAGCCAACCAGGGUUUCUCCAGCCUCGCUGACAAGUUUGGCCCCAACAACAUCCGCACCACUCCCUACACCAACCUUAUGCGUUACGACUUUGACCAGUUUGCCAGAGACGGCUUGACCAUUGCUGGCUACGGCAACAAGACUGGUGGUGUGCAGCCUUUCGAUGCCAACAAUAUCGUUCUUCUCUACGACGGUUACUGCGCUUCCACCUGCACCAUUGCUUCUGAGCUCCUCAAGAGACAGGGCGGUGUCAAGUCUGUCGUCUUUGGCGGCCGUCCCACUCGCGACGCUAUGCAGGGUGUUGGUGGUGUCAAGGGUGCCCAGGUCCUGACCUACAGCUCCAUCUACGACUACAUCAAGAACGGCAGGGGCCUGUCCAGAAACAACGCUGACCUGAAGGAGUUUGCUCGCUACAACACCCUGGCCGACAGCCGUACUAUCUAUGCCGGUAUCAAUGUCCGCGAUGCUGUCAUCGAGGAGCACGUUGCCGAUGGCCUUCCUUCUCAGUUUGUCUACGAGGCUGCCGACUGCCGCAAGUACUGGACCAAGGACAUGUUGACUGACAUCACCAACGUCUGGAAGGCUACUGCCGACUCUGCCUUCAACGGUGCCGCCUGCGUGCAGGGUGGUAUUCAGCGCGGAAACGACGAGGCCCGCACUGUUGUCCCCCGCGUCGCCACCCACGUCGACAAGGUCAUUGAGAAGGGCACCCACUUCAUCCAGGGCAACUACCCUGCUUUCGUUCCUAGCCAGGAAUUCGAAGCCAGAUGGCUCCAGAAGGUGCCCAAGCUGUAA